AUGUAUGCUGGGAAGGAAGAUCCCUUAUCCCACAUAAAGUAUUUUGAGAUGCAAAUGGACCUGGAAGGAGUACAAGGAGAUGUAUGUUGCAGAUUUUUUCGUGCCACCCUCUCAGAAGCCGCCCAACAAUGGUAUUUCAAGUUGGUGCCUAGAAAGUUCAACUCACGGAAGGCUUUCUCCUCAGAGUUCCAUGCACAAUUCUCCUCCUCUUGCCAACUUCCGUUGCACCUAGGAUAUCUGGUCAAAGUGAAACAAAGACCAGGAGAACCUCUCCGAGCCUACAUCAGCAGACUCAUGACAGAGGCGACUAAGGUUGCAAGAGUUACCGAAGACGGAAAGUUGUCCACGAUACUGGGGGGCAUUGAAGUCCUUGGUGAACCUUGGAAGGACAUAUGGAAGAAUGGACCAGUAGAUUUGAAGUGUGACUUUCUUGACUGCGCAGAAGGUUUUAUUAAGCUUGAAGAAGCCAUUCAGCGAGCAGAGGGUGGUAAACAGUCUAGCAACAACAAUAGGCAAGGGAAUGGGAAAAAGGGAAAGUUCACUGGCAAGACCGAACAAGUUCCCAGGGAGAAUCCUUCCAAGUAUACUACAUUUACCGUCCUGACAGAAGAUAUAGAAAGUGUGUACAUGGCUACUCAGUCAUUAGCCCCGUACAAGAAGCUCCCACCCAUGAAGAAAUAUGUCAGCAAGAGAGAUAUGACCAAGUUUUGUCGUUUUUAUAAGGAUUAUGGCCAUGACACCAAUGAAUGCAACAAUCUGAAGCGGGAAAUCAAAUUCCUGAUAAGGAAAAAUAAUUUGCAUGUGCAGAAGUAUGUCAAGGUCGAUCAGAAUCGGAGGAGCGAUAACAACCAAGACUUGCUACAACCACCAGUAGAUGGACAUCUACAAGUCAUUAUUGGAGGUCCGCACAUAGCUGAAGAUUCAAGAAAAGCCCGAGAGAGAUAUGCCCGAACUGUACAACAUGAGCAAGAAGACGUAGUCCUAGCCAUAGAAGAAAGGAAGCCAAAGAUCCCACGAGCAGGGGAGCCCACCAUAACAUUUAAAGAUGAAGAUUCUGUCAAGAUCAGAUUUUCGCACAACGACCCGCUAGUCGUGGAAGUCCAAAUAGCCAACAAGAUGGUGGCCCAAACCAUGAUAGACAAUGGAGCCUCUUCCAACAUCUUAUUCAAGACAACGUAA